AUGCUUUCAGUUGAAAAUGUAAAUAAUACAAGCGAUGAAAAUGAUCACAGCUUUAUUGUUAAUGAGAAUAACCUAUCAAAUCCAGACGAUUUAAUAUUAAUAUUAUCAAGUAAGAGCCGUACUGAAACUAGUAAAACUCUAUUGACUCCAGAAUCCAAAGAACUAAAUGAAACACCCUGUUUGUCCAUGCAUGAACAUAACAAGCCCGAAUGUUUAUUAAACCAAAAUGAUCACAGAUUCACUGUUAAUAAAGAUAAUCUAACAAAUCCAGACAAUCUUAUAUUACUAAAUAACAGCAGCACAGAAACGAGUAAAACUCUAUUGUCUACAGAAUCGGAAGAAAUAAAUGAUACACCACGUUUGCCAAUGGUUGAACAUAACAGUCUUCCUAAACAAAGUAUUGUUCCUGAAAAUGAUCCUGCCAAUUGGAUAAAAAAUCAAGAAACGAUAGAUUAUUUAUCAAUCAAUGGAUUUAACCAAAAUUUAGAGAACAAUAAUUUCCAAAAGUCAAAAAGAAUUUACACUCAAAUAAUUGGUGGGGUAAGACGUACUCGUUUUCGAUAUAUGUCAAAAAGUAUAUUUAUAUCUACUCUUGUUAAUGGUGAAAAAAUUAACCGAACAUUUUUGAUUUACUCAGAAAGUAAAGGAUCAAUAUUUUGUGCUCCCUGCUAUAUAUUUGGUGGCACUACAUCGUUUGCCACAGUUGGUUUUUCAGAUUGGAAAAAAGGAGAAGAAAAAAUCAAGCGUCAUGAAAAUUCACAACACCACAAAUUGUGUGUAAUGAAUAUGAAAGAAAGAAAAGAAGUAUUAAAUCGAGUUGAUCAAAAGCUAAAGUAUCAAGUAGAAACAGAAAUAAAUUAUUGGAAAAAUGUAUUGACAAGAGUUGUAGCUGUUGUGAAAUCCCUUUCUUCUCGUGGAAUGUCUUUUAGAGGUGAUGAUGACCGUUUUGGAUCUGUUCAUAAUGGGAACUUUAUGAUGAGCUUAGAGCUUAUUGCUCAGUUUGAUCCUUUUUUAGCACAACACAUUUAG